AUGCCGAAAAUAGGUUCACCACAUCUUCAUAUGAACGAGUCCAAGCUGGGAAAGGUUUUAUUUGAUUAUAUGACAAAAUUUGAAAGGAGUAAUUUCCUCUUUUUUCGUACAUAUUUUUUUUUGAUAAAUAAUAAGAGUAAUCAGCAGAAGAAGAACAGUAAUUUUAUAUUUUAUGAAAAGAAAUAUAUAGGCAUUUUUGACAAAGUCAACAACUUCUGUACAGAUGGACAAAGAAAUAAAGAAAACCUUUUUGAAAAAAUGGAAGAGAACAAAAAUAACAACCUUUAUUUAAUUGAUAAUAAUAUAUUAAACGAUAAAACAAAGUACCCUAAUUUUUCUACGUAUGUAAAAAGUGAAUGUACCACUGACAGGAAAAACGAAAAAGAAAACAUAAAUAAAGAACAAAAGAAUGAUAAUGAGAAAAGGGUAGAAAAUAAUUUUAGAGACAUUAUAGAUUUAGAAUUAUCAGAUGUAUGGUCCAAGAAAUCGUUAGUAGUAAAUUUUAAAAAUAACAUAUUUGAAAUAAUAUUAAAUAGGCCUGAAAAGUUGAAUGCCAUAAAUAAAGACAUGAUUAAUGGAUUGCUAAAUAUAAUAAAAAAUUUAAAUAAUGAUAAAAGAUGCUAUAUGAUUGUGAUUAGAAGUACGAAUACAAACUGUUUUUCCUCUGGUUCGGAUGUAAAGGAUAUAGUUCAAAAUAAGGAAAAAGGAAUACAACAUUUAAAACAACUUUAUAUGUAUAUUAAUUAUUUAUCAACAAUGAAAAAAAGUGUUUUGUGUAUAUGGAAUGGUAUUGUUAUGGGUGGAGGGUUAGGAAUUUCCAUGUACGCGAAAUAUAGAGUUAUUAAUAAAAAUGCAAUAUUUGCAAUGCCAGAAAGUAAAAUAGGUUUUUUUCCUGAUAUAGGAUGUUGUUAUUUUUUUAAAAAAUAUUUUGGUAGAAAUAUUGGUUUGUAUUUAGGAUUAACAUCAUUAAGACUGAAUGAAUUAGAUUUAGUGAAUUUUAAAAUAUGUAACAACUAUGUGGAAGAUGUAGAUUUGUUUUUAACUGAAAUAUAUAGUAUUAAAAAGGAAAAUCAAAGUGAUUUCGAUGCAGAGUUAAGUAAUAUAUUAAAUAAAUAUCCUACCAAAAUUGGUAGGACUGCUAGUACCCCUGUGCUAACCGAAGACCUAAUUAGCAACAUCAAUAAAUAUUAUAGCUCCGCGAAUAGUUUAGAAGAAUUAAUAGAUAAUUUAAAGAAAGGACUCAAGGGCGAACAUAAUAAUAGUAGCAGCAGUCAAUUUUGUCAGAAGGUUUUGUCCGAUAUAAGUGCAAAUUGUUAUUUCAGCUGUAAAUUAUGGUUUUCAUAUUUUUUAUAUAAUUAUGAUAAAUCGUUAGAAGAAGUACUAGAUAACGAUUUUAAACUUUCACAAUAUUUCUUAUUCCAUACAAAAACAUUUGAAAAGGGAGUAACAGAAUUACUUGUAAAAAAAAACAAAAAUUUUCAAUGGAAAACAGAUCCCGAAAAUGAAGGGACACAAUUAGAGGAAAAUAUUGAACAUAUAUUAAAGGAUAGCUCUAUGUUAUCCAUAAAAGAAGAGUUCAUACAAAAUAUAAAUUGCACCGGGGACAAUGAAAUAAAUUAA